CAAACAGGACACUAAUUGAUACAUCUCACUUUUAUAAUUGGCAAUAAGGCGUUAUAUUUUUAAAGGUAUAUUUGAUAUUUUGUCAACAACAUUUCAUUUUAAAUCGGCUAGCAAUGGCAGCUCGAGGCCCAAUGUCGAAGGUGGAGUUGAGGAUCUCCUGUAGGAAGCUCAAGAACAGGGACACCAUGUCAAAGUCUGACCCGUGUGCUGUGCUCUUCAUGGAGACUGGGGGAACUUGGGUUGAGAUGGGUCGCACUGAGAAUGUGCAGAACUGUUUAGACCCUGACUUCGCCAAGUGUUACACAGUAGAAUACAUGUUUGAGCAGGUUCAGAAGGUCAAGGUCGCUGUCUAUGACCUUGACAACAACACCCCACAGCUUGGCGAUGAUGACUUCCUGGGACAGAUAGAGUGCUCCCUUGGACAGAUAGUGGCAGGCCGUCCAUUUAUGAAGGCUCUUGAAGACAAGAAAGGCAAGCCUAUUGGAGAGAGUAAAAUACUGAUUCGCUCUGAGGAAGUCAAGGAUGGUGGAGAGGUGGCCAUGUGCACGUUCUUUGCUCGAAAGCUGGAAAACAAGGACUUCAUGGGCAAGUCUGAUCCAUACCUGGAGAUUUUGAAGCAGUCAUCAGAUGGUGGCUGGCUGGUGGUCCAUCGAACUGAGGUUGUGAAGAAUAACCUGAAUCCAAGAUGGCGUCCAUUCCAGCUCCCUUUACAGUCGCUGUGUGGCGGAGACAAGACACGCACUGUGAAGUUUGAUGUGUAUGACUGGGACUCCGAUGGGUCACAUGACAUUAUUGGGGGAUUUACAACCACUGUCCAGGAGUUGAUCGAUGCACCAACAGGCAAAGAGUUUCCAUGUAUUAACCAGGAGAAGAAAGCAAAGAAGAAGAAAUAUGAAAACUCUGGAUAUGUUGGUGUUGACUCCUUUAAGGUGCAGAAGGUCGCUAGCUUCCUGGAGUACAUCUAUGGAGGAAUGCAGAUUAAUUUUACAGUUGGUGUAGAUUUUACGGGCUCCAACGGUGAUCCCCGCCAACCCCAGUCACUUCACUACAUCAACCCAUACCAGCCCAACCAGUAUCAGCAGGCCAUACAGGCUGUGGGCGCUGUGUGCCAGGACUAUGACACAGACAAGUUGUUCCCAGCUUUAGGUUUUGGUGCAAAGUUGGCUGAUGGUCAGGUUUCACAUGAGUUUGCCAUGAACUUCAACCCACAAAACCCCUACUGUGCAGGGAUACAUGGGAUCCUAGAGGCGUAUCAAAACUGUAUCAUUAAGGUACAGUUAUGGGGCCCCACUAACGCAGCCCCUAUCAUCUACCAUGUAGCAAGGUUUGCAGACGCCGCCCAGAGAGAGGAGCAAGCAAAAGGGGCCCAUGCAUAUUUUGUACUUCUUCUUCUGACGGACGGUGUGCUGACUGAUUUUGAUGAGACUAGAAAGGCAAUCGUCUAUGCGUCAGGCCUUCCUAUGUCGAUCAUCAUUGUCGGCGUGGGCAGUGCAGACUUCAGUGAAAUGAAUGUCCUGGAUGGAGAUGAUGGUAUAUUGAAGGACCCCACUGGACGUCCUAUCCAGCGAGAUAUCGUGCAGUUUGUACCUUUUCGAGACUUUCAGAGAGUAAGUGACCCUGUUGCUUCAGCGGUGGAAUUGGCCCGUCACGUUUUGGCGGAGGUACCACAGCAGGUUACACACUACUAUAAGAUGAGGGGGCUGGCCCCUAGACCUGCCGCUCAACAACAGGCUCCACCCAUGUAGGGAAUGGCAGUGGAAACAGGGUCAACCUUUGUGUUGAGUGGUUAUGUUGGCAACCACAGCCUGUCAGAGUUACUUAGCAACAUAGUAACUAGACUUUUCACUUAGUAAUAUUUUUUUUAUAUAUAUUUUUAAUCUCUCUGGUACAAUUAUUGCAUAGGUAUUAGAAUCUUAUUUACUGCUUAAAGCAAUUUGUACAUACAUUAAGUUAUUUUUUUAUGACUCUUUGAAUAGAAUUAUAUUUUCUUGUAGUUUUAAGUAUGUUUCAAAUAUAAUUCCCGCUUAAAUGUUGUACGGUAUAUGGAUUAAAACUGCAUUAUCCAAAUACAAAAUAAUAACUUUGCAGAAAUUAUUUAUAAUGAACAUUAAAUUUGACCUACCAAAAUACAAAAAAGUUUUGCAAUAGGUAAAGUUGUUUAAAUUCAAUUAUUAUUAAUGGUAUAUGUUGUGGAGAUGCAAUAGCUUUUAAAGCUUCUGUUGUAUAUAUUUUAGUAAGUGCACUGUACCAAGCAAAUCUUAACUGCCCGUAAAGUAGAUAUUUCAUUUGGAUGAACUCUUUUACACAUGAACGUAAUUAAUUGCCUUUCUUUUGUUGCGCAAUUGCAUUUCUUUUGUUAUGCAAUUGCAUUUCUUUUGUUACACAAUUGCAUUUCUUUUUUUACACAAUUGCAUUUCUUUUAUUACAAUGGUGAUGUGGUUGUUAAUUAUUAGUUUUUCAUUGUUAUCUAAAAUUGUUAGUAGUAUUUAAGCUUACCCAAUGUUGGCAUGAAUUGUUACAGAACAAUUUAAUAGAUGGCUUUACAAUUU